AGCAGCAGCUCCAGGAACAGUGUUGGGAGCUAAUUAUGGCAAGGACAUACAUCCGUUCACACAGUUUGAUGGCCUCAGCAGCUCGGAGGGCGACCUAGAUGAAGGAUUUGGCUGUACGUGGUUUCCUUCAUCCUGAAGCGUGGGGGGAUAUAAGCAGGCGCAGAGGAACACAAUGGAACUGCUCUGUAGCAGUCGCUGUUAUCGGCCCUCAUGUCUCUGGACGUUACUGGUGACCUUCCACUUGGCCGUGAUUGGCCAUGCCAAGGGGGCACUUCCUCCCUUCAGGACUUUCGAGGUUUCCGACACGAGCCUGACCCACUUGGUCGUCCACAACAAAACCGGAGUUGUCUACGUUGGCGCUGUCGACAAGAUCUACAAGCUGGCGGACAACUUGACCAUGCUGAGGUCCCACGUGACGGGCCCGGUGGAAGACAACGAGAAGUGUUACCCGCCUCCCAGCGUGCAGUCCUGCCCGCACCCCCUGGAGCUGACCAAGAACGUCAACAAGCUGCUGCUCAUCGACUACAAGCAGAACCGCCUCAUUGCCUGUGGCAGCACCUUUCAGGGCAUAUGCCAGUUCCUGCGCCUGGAUGACCUCUUCAAGCUUGGGGAGCCUCACCACCGCAAGGAACAUUACCUGUCCAGCGUCAACGAGGCAGCCACUAUGUCAGGUGUGAUCAUUGAGGGACCCAAUGGGACCAAUAACAAACUCUUCAUUGGCACCCCCAUCGAUGGCAAAUCAGAAUAUUUUCCCACACUCUCCAGCCGAAAACUAAUGGACAAUGAGGAAAACGCGGAGAUGUUUGGCUUUGUCUACCAGGACGAGUUUGUCUCCUCGCAGCUGAAGAUCCCUUCAGAUACCCUUUCCAAAUUCCCGGCCUUUGACAUCUACUACAUUUACAGUUUUAGUAGCGAGCAGUUUGUCUAUUACUUAACCUUGCAACUUGACACUCAGUUGACGUCCCCCGACUCCAACAGCGAGCAAUUCUUCACGUCGAAGAUUGUCCGGCUGUGUGUAGGCGAUCCCAAGUUCUACUCCUACGUGGAGUUCCCCAUCGGGUGCCUGAAGGAUGGGGUGGAAUACCGCCUCAUCCAAGAUGCCUACUUAGCCAAGCCGGGAAAAUUCCUCGCCCGGUCUCUGGAUAUCUCUGAGACGGAGGACAUCCUCUUCACCGUCUUUUCCCAAGGCCAGAAGAAUAGGAUGAAGCCACCCCGGGAGUCUGCUCUCUGCCUGUUCACCCUGAGGAAAAUCAAACAGAAGAUUAAGGAAAGGAUUCAGUCGUGCUACAGAGGGGAAGGCAAGCUCUCAUUGCCAUGGCUUCUCAACAAGGAACUAGCCUGCAUUAAUUCUCCUUUGCAGAUUGACGAUAAUUUCUGUGGGCAAGAUUUUAAUCAGCCGCUGGGUGGGACGACACUGGUGGAGGGCAUCCCGCUGUUUAUUGACAGAGAGGAUGGCAUGACUUCCAUCGCUGCCUAUGACUACAGGGGCCACACAGUCGCUUUCUUCGGGACAAGAAGUGGGAAGAUGAAAAAGAUUCUGGUCGAUUCUGUCAGUCCAGGCCCAUCAGGUCCGAUGCUGUACGAAAACGUAGCGAUCACUGAGGGGAGUCCCAUACUCCGGGACUUAGUCUUUAGCCCUGAUUUCCAGUACAUCUACGCCAUGAGCGACAAACGGGUGAGCUGGGUGCCGGUGGAGAGCUGUGAGCAGUACGAGAGCUGCGAGCUGUGCCUGGGCUCCCGUGAUCCACACUGCGGCUGGUGCGUCCUGCAUAAUGUAUGUUCUCGUAAGGACACAUGUGAUCGAGCCAAUGAGUAUCAACGUUUUGCAUCGAACCUUCGCCAGUGUGUCCAACUGAGUGUCCAGCCCAGAAAUAUCUCAGUCACCAUGUCCCAGGUUCUGUUGAUUUUACAAACCCGCAAUGUCCCCGACCUAUCUGCAGGAGUCAACUGUUCCUUCGAGAAUUUCACUGAGACUGAGGCUCGGAUAAUGGAUGGCAGGAUCUAUUGUCGGUCUCCCUCAGCCAGAGAAAUUGUCCCAAUCACGAGAGGCCAGGGAGACAAGCGGAUUGUGAAAUUGUACCUGAAGUCCAAAGAAACUGGGAAGAAGUUUGCCAGCACCGACUUUGUGUUUUACAACUGCAGUGUUCACCAGUCCUGCCUUGCGUGUGUGAAUGGCUCCUUUCCUUGCCACUGGUGCAAAUACCGUCAUGUUUGCACUCAGAAUGCCGCGGACUGUUCGUUUCAGGAGGGUCGAGUCAGCGUUUCAGAGGACUGCCCACAGAUCCUGCCCUCGACGGAGAUUUUCAUCCCGGUCGGAGUGGUCAAACCGAUCACGCUCACUGCCAAGAAUCUCCCCCAGCCGCAGUCGGGACAACGGAGCUAUGAGUGUAUCUUCGACAUCCAGGGGACCAUGCAUCGUGUGCCCGCUCUCCGGUUCAACAGCACCAGUGUGCAGUGCCAGAACACCUCGUACACGUAUGAAGGAAAUGACAUCAGUGACCUUCCUGUGGAUCUCUCCGUCGUGUGGAAUGGGAAUUUUGUCAUCGACAAUCCUGCCAAUAUUAAAGCUCACCUCUACAAGUGCACUGCCCUCAGGGAGAGUUGUGGCUUGUGUCUGAAAGCCGACCCAAAGUUCGAGUGCGGCUGGUGUGUCCCGGAGAAGAGGUGCAUGCUCCAGCAGGAUUGCCAGGCUCCAGCGAGAAACUGGAUGCACCAGAGCAGGAUCAACAGCCGAUGCACUGACCCCAAAAUCACCAAGCUAGUACCAGAGACCGGGCCCAAGGAAGGAGGAACCAGGUUGACAAUUACCGGAGUGAAUCUGGGCUUGACGUUUUCGGAAAUCCGUUACGGGGUACACGUUGGACGUGUGAGGUGUAUUCCCAUUCCCGAGGAGUAUAUCAGCGCAGAGCAGAUUGUGUGUGAUAUGGAGCCGGCUGUGCCUCAGACAGCGAAGAAAGGGUUUGUGGAAGUUUGCGUUGUGGACUGUAAUGACGAGUAUCGAGCAAUCUCAUCGGAACCUUUCACUUUUGUGACUCCGAGAUUUAACAGGGUGAUUCCGUCCCAGGGACCUGUGUCUGGAGGCAGUCAGGUGACGAUAGUGGGGGUACAUCUGGAUGCAGGAAGUUCAGUGGAAGCUUAUAUCGGAGACAAUUCCAUCUGCCAAUUCAAAAGGAGAACGUCCGGGGAAAUUGUCUGCGUCACAGCCGCAUCAACAAAGGGAAUAGGCCCAGCUUCCAUCAGAGUGCACAUUAACAGAGCUGAGCUCUUAAACCCCAGCGUGCAGUAUAACUACACAGAUGAUCCCACCAUCUCCAAGAUUGAGCCUGAAUGGACCAUUUCCAGUGGGGGAACACCACUUAUUGUGACUGGGACCAACCUCGCCACCAUACAAGAGCCAAAGAUCCGAGCCAAAUAUAGCAGCGUGCAGUCUACAAAUGAAUGCAAAGUAUUAAAUGACACUGCCAUGGUCUGCAAGGCUCCAUCCAUCGCAAACAGUGGACGAACUUCCCUGGAAAGUCCAGCUCAGCCAGAUGAGAUUGGUUUUGUCAUGGACAAUGUCCAGUCAGUGCUCAUCAUCAACGGGACAGGAUUCACUUACUACCCGGACCCAGUCUUUGAGCUGCUGAGUCCAUCCGGGAUUGUCGAGCUCAAGCCCAGCUCCCCGGUUAUACUGAAGGGGAGGAACUUGAUUCCCAACGCCCCUGGCAACGUCAAGCUGAACUACACAGUGUUAAUCGGGGACAACCCUUGUGCAUUGACUGUCUCGGAGACCCAGCUCCUGUGUGAACCGCCCAACCUGACCGGCGAGCACAAGGUUACGAUUAAGGUGGGAGGUCUGGAAUUCUCGCCAGGCGUACUGCACAUCUACUCAGACAGGCUUCUCACCAUGCCAGCUGCGUUGGGCAUUGGCGGAGGGGGUGCCCUCUUACUGCUCAUUAUCAUCAUUGUCCUCAUCGCCUACAAGAGGAAGUCGCGGGAUGCAGAUCGCACUCUGAAGAGACUCCAGUUGCAAAUGGACAACCUGGAGUCGCGUGUGGCUCUGGAAUGCAAGGAAGCAUUUGCUGAACUGCAGACCGAUAUCCACGAGCUGACCAGUGACCUGGAUGGUGCCGGGAUCCCGUUCCUCGACUACCGAACCUACGCCAUGAGGGUCCUCUUCCCGGGGAUAGAGGAUCACCCAGUCCUCAAGGAGAUGGAGGUCACGGCGAACGUGGAGAAGGCCCUCACUCUGUUUGGUCAGCUGCUCAACAAGAAGGUCUUCCUGUUGACCUUCAUCCGCACCCUGGAGGCUCAGCGAAGCUUCUCGAUGCGUGACCGGGGCAAUGUGGCCUCCCUGAUUAUGACCGCCCUCCAAGGCGAGAUGGAGUACGCCACUGGUGUCCUCAAGCAGCUCCUCUCGGACCUGAUAGAGAAGAACCUGGAGAGUAAAAACCACCCGAAACUGCUGCUGAGGAGGACUGAGUCUGUUGCUGAGAAGAUGCUGACUAAUUGGUUUACCUUCCUGUUGUACAAGUUCCUAAAGUGGCGACAGGGAAGAAUCGCGAGGAUAAUUCUCCAAGAUGAAGAUGUGACGACAAAGAUAGAUAAUGACUGGAAACGUCUCAAUACGUUGGCACACUACCAGGUUACAGAUGGAUCUUUGAUAGCACUUGUACCGAAACAGACCUCAGCCUAUAAUAUCUCCAAUUCCUCCACCUUCACCAAAUCUCUCAGCCGUUAUGAGAGUAUGUUACGCACUGCCAGCAGUCCAGAUAGCCUGCGGUCUCGAACGCCCAUGAUCACCCCAGACCUGGAGAGCGGAACCAAACUCUGGCACCUAGUCAAGAACCAUGACCACAUGGACCAGAGGGAAGGGGACCGAGGCAGCAAAAUGGUGUCUGAGAUCUAUCUGACCCGCCUCCUGGCCACCAAGGGAACCCUGCAGAAGUUUGUGGACGACCUGUUUGAGACAAUAUUUAGUACAGCACACAGGGGCAGCGCCCUCCCUCUUGCAAUCAAAUACAUGUUUGACUUUCUGGAUGAACAGGCCGACAAACACCUGAUCACCGACCACGACGUGCGACAUACCUGGAAGAGUAACUGUCUACCUCUACGAUUUUGGGUGAAUGUUAUCAAAAAUCCACAGUUUGUGUUUGACAUUCACAAGAACAGUAUUACAGACGCCUGCCUCUCUGUGGUAGCCCAAACUUUCAUGGACUCCUGUUCCACCUCUGAACAUAAACUGGGCAAGGACUCUCCCUCCAACAAACUACUGUAUGCGAAAGACAUUCCAAACUACAAAAACUGGGUGGAGAGGUACUACGCAGAUAUCUCCAAGAUGCCCGUGAUCAGUGACCAGGAUAUGAGCGCUUACCUGGCCGAGCAGUCACGACUACACUUGAGCCAGUUCAACAGCAAUAGUGCACUGCAUGAGAUCUACACCUACAUCAACAAGUACAGAGACGAGGUAAGAGCUUCAGGAGUACUGUUAUCUGAGCAUUCCCCUUUUCCCUUGUGUCUUUUUUGUUUUUAA